UAAGGCAUCCUAUUUAUGAGAUAUGCAGUGGUGAGUAAUGCAUCACCCCAAUAAAAUUUGGGAACAUUCAUAUCAAGUACUAAGGACUGGGUUACCUCUAGAAGAUGAUUUUGCAGCUUCCGUUCUACCGAGGAGUACAAACACAACUGGUUUGAUAGAUAAUGUCUUGUUCACAAAAUAUGUAGAGAGAUCACUAGACAUGUACUCAACCCCAUUGUCAAACAGACAAUUUUUUAUAAAGGUAUUAAAUUCGGUAUGAAUCAUUCUAUGAAAUGUCUGAAAAACAGAACAUACAUCACUUUUAUCCUUUAACAAAUAGAUCCAAGUGGUCCAAGAAAAAUCAUCAAUAAAAGAAACAAACCACUAAUAACUAGAUAAAGAAACCACCCGUGAAGGGCCCCAUAAAUCAGUAUGAACAAGAAUAAAAGGCUCAAAAUUUUUAUUUAUACUAGGAGAAAAUGACACUUGAUGAUAUUUAGCAAGUUUACAAGUAUCACAAUGAAACUUAUAAACAUUAUUAUGGAAAACCAUAGAAGGAAACAUUCGUUUCAAUAACAAAAAAAGGAUGCCCUAAUCAAUGAUGCCAAAGCCAAAUUCCUAAUGUAGAGUUGUCUAAUCAAACGGUGUGAUAAGCCUGUGCAAGCCAACCUUGUGUUUUAGGCUAAGAAUCCAGAUAAACAAACUAUCCUUCAAGGUAUCACUACUAGUCAUCCCUCCGUGACUAGGUUCUGAAAACCAUAAUAAUAAGAAUAAAGAUGACUCUACAAUUUGACUAAUGGGUAAUACGUGCAAUGGAUAAUAAAUUUGCUGUAAAAUCAGGUACAUGAAAGACAUGACAAUGUCACGUCACACAAGGUGUAAAAGAAAGGGAGCCUUUUACAAUACAUUGAUGAUAGAGAACCAUCAACUAUUCUGAAUUUUUCCCAAUUGAAACAAAGAUUAUAAGAAGGAAACAAUGAAGAUAUAUCAGUCCUAUGGUCGGAGGCUCCUGAGUUAACAACCUAAGGGUCGUCAAAGUGAGUGGAUGAUGCAUUCAAAGUAGUGGUUGAAUUACUUGUAUUAGCAAAGGAGAAGGAUGCAGUAGUGGAUGUCUCAAGUCAAGACAUAAGCCGAUGAAGUGUGUCUACCUCUUCCUUGCUAAAGACACCAGCAUUUGUGUCGAGGUUGAUGUUAGCGGAAGAUCUUAUCGUACUCAGCUAAUCACAAUGGAAGAUACAAUAGACAUGGAGAAAGUGGUCAAAGCUGAGGGACGCUUUCUCAAAUGCCAGAUCUACACUUUAAAAGUUCCGCAGGUUGAUGGAGGCUCCACUCUCUCAAUUCAGAUCAGUUGGUCUCAGAAAUUAUCAUAUCAUGAUGGCAAGUUUUGCCUCAAUGUACCUUUUAGUUUUCCAGCAUAUGUCAAUCCUAUUGGAAAGAAAAUCUCUAAAAGAGAAAAGAUUUUUUUGAAAGUGAACUCUGGUACUGGGAGAGAAAUUAUAUACAAAAGUACCAGCCAUCCCCUAAAGGAACUAACACGUCAAGCUGGUAAAGGAAGUUUCCUAUACGAAGCUGAAGUUCCAGCAUGGUCGAAUGCAGACUUCACUUUCUCAUACACGGUUAAUUCAGUUGACUUCUUUGGUGGUGUGCUCUUGCAAUCUCCAUUUCUGCGUGAUUUUGAUCAAAGAGAGAUGUUUUGCUUCUAUGUUUUCCCUGGAAAUAUCCAGAGUAGGAAGGUUUUCAGAAAGGAAGUGGUAUUUCUUAUUGAUAUAAGCGGCAGCAUGCGAGGAGACCCUCUUGAGAAUGCAAAGAUUGCACUAGUGGUAUCACUCUCCAAGCUCAACCCUGAAGAUACUUUUAACAUAAUAGCUUUUAAUGGAGAGGUACUCUUAUUCUCACCAUCAAUGAAGCUGGCAACCAAGGAAGCAAUCUCAGAUGCUACAGAGUGGGUUGGUGCUAACUUUAUUGCAAACGGUAGUACGAACAUUUUGCUUCCCCUAAAUCAGGCAAUGAAGUUGUUGGCCAAGGCUACUGAUUCAAUUCCGCUCAUUUUCCUCAUUACUGAUGGUUCUGUUGAAGAUGAAAAGGAGAUUUGCAAUAUUAUGAAGGGCUACCUCGGAAGUGGGGAAUCAAUUUGUCCUCGCAUAUGUACUUUUGGCAUAGGUUCAUAUUGCAACCAUUACUUCCUUCAAAUGAUAGCACACAUUGGGAGGGGUCACUAUCAUGCUGCUUAUGAUGCAGAUACAAUUGACUUCCAAAUACAAAGAUUAUUCGCUAGUGCUUCAUCAAUCAUUCUUGCCGAUAUAAAGAUGGACACUUUAGAACAUCUUGAUUCACUUGAGUUGUUUCCGACUCAUAUUCCAGACCUUUCAUCUGGAAGUCCAUUGAUUGUGUCAGGCAGAUAUGAUGGAAACUUUCCAGACUCUGUCAAAAUUAGUGGGACCUUGGCUGAUAUGAGCAAUUUCACAAUAGACUUUGAAGUGCAAAGAGCUAAGGAUGUGCCGCUUGACAGACAGGUACUUGCAAGGAGGCAUAUUGAUAUACUCACAGCUUCGGCAUGGUUGCUGGGAACUAAAGAACUGGAGGUGAAGGUUGCCAAAAUGAGCAUACAAACUGGGGUUCCAUGUGAGUAUACUCGCAUGAUUUUGGCUCAGACUAAUAAAGGGGAGAAAGCACCUGAACCGAUUUUGAUACAACAGGUAUAUAACAAACUAAAACUGGAGGAGAGGAAGCUGGAGUUGGAGGGGCAGAAGAUUAUAUUCCUGGGAAAACUAGGGUUGGGCUUUGGUAACUUGACUGCAACGGCAAAGAAUAUUCCAGUAGGAGCUGAAGUAGCCAAGCCAUCUGAUCCUGCAGAUCUGUUGCUUAAGGCUGCUUCCAACUGUUGUAGUGGAUUGCUUGACCGCUGCUGUUGCAUGUGCUUCAUCCAGACUUGUUCAUAUCUGAAUAACCAAUGUGCAAUUGUUUUCACACAGCUGUGCACUGCCCUUGCUUGUUUUGAGUGUCUAAAUUGCUGUUAUGAGCUCUGUUCAUGUCUGUAAUUAAUAAUGUAAGGGUAGUCAAAACAAAAAUGUACGAGAAAUAAGUUAUUUGUGUACGAGAAUGUUUUAUAUGCGCAGUGUUGUCAUCUAAUGAUUAAUUUAUAUAUAUAUUUUCUAUUUUCUGAUU